AUGUCGACAUUCGACGAAGAGCUGUUAGACUUCAAUAUAGAUGAGGAGCUGAAAGCUCUAGGGGACGAUGGUGGGCAAGCAUCGCCCAAGGAGCUCAACUUGGAAGAAGAAAUAUGCAAUUUUGAUCUCCUUGAUGACAUCGAACUAGACACAACAAUCGGAAGCAGCUCUAUUGAUAGUGAAAUAUUGAUGGAACUCGGUAUUGAGGAUUUCAUGUCAUCAAUAACCGAUGCCGAACCAAAAGAUAAUAGUAUAACAACAGAAAAAGAAGAGAACAUUAAAGAUAAUGAAGAAGCAUCGUCACAAACAAAACAGAUCGCAGAAACAGACGUGGUCGUAGACGUAACUUCCUCUAUUGAUACAUCAAAUGCACAAACAAAGUCGUCCCAAUCUAUAACGCCAAAGGUGAAACCGAGCCCACAAAAGCCAUCCGAAGGGAGUUCGAAGAUAAUACCCACAAAAUCGACGACUGUUGAGAAAGAAGAAGGUGAAAUAAGCGGUAUCGGUGCGAAACAACAAUACAACACUCAAUCAGUGCAGAAAACAAUGAACUCGCAACAGUUAGGUCGUGGUCGUGGUGCAAGGAGGACCGAUUGGCGGCCGAUUUAUCGUCCUGGUUUUGGACCUGGUGUAGAGGCAUUGACUGGGAUGCCAAUGAACCACCAGUUGCCAAUGGCCGAAAUGCCAAUUAUGGGAAUGCACCCGGGUGAAUUUCCGCAAAUUUUGAGUCAUAAUAUUCACGUAAAUCCGUCGUUUGCGGGACGGGUGCGGCCGUUUGGAAUGGUAUUUCAUACUCCCUUUGGCGCAACUGCGCCACCAUUGAUGACUUAUCAAGGACCAAUGGCCCCACAAUUUAUCGGACGAACAAACGGUUUUCCACGCCACAACGGACUAAACAAUUUCGGUCAGCACCAUCUCCAUAUGCAGCACAAUCAACAUAACAUCGGUCAACAUAGUCAACACAAUCAGCUUGUGCCACAGAAUGAUUGGAGAUUGACACAAAAUCAAAUGCAGACACAAAUUUCCCAAAUGGCAAAUAAGCGCAAGACUCCUACAGAUGGAUUUGAACAGAAAGAACAAGAUACUAACAAGCGAACUGUUGCCAAAUCUGUGAACAAGAAUACCUCGGCAUCUACAAAUUUGUCUCCGAAGUCUGCAAACAAUGUCUCUCCUAAAAUCACUGCUACGGCAUCUGCUAAGACUGUGGCCAAUGCAGCUGCUAAGAGUGCAGCUAGUGCGUCUGCAAAAGGUGCUGCAAAUGCAUCGAGUAAAACUCAAACCAAUGCACAAACGAAGAACCAGGUCGAAUCACCAAGAAGCCAGACUAAUAUAUCGGGCAAAUCCAAAACUGAUUCUUUGACAAUGAUUCAGUCUAACGCCGCCAGAUUGCCAGCAAACCCAUCCGCAAAGAUGUCUAAUGCUUCGACAAGAUAUCCCAAUGUGACUGCCGGAUCGGGAAAGAACGAAUUUAAUGUGGCAUCAAAGAACACAGCUGGUAAGGGCGAAAUGAACGCAACGAAAAACGCAGCGAAAAGGAGCCAGCCCGCUUCAUCGAUAAGAGCAUCAUAUAAUCAGUCUGCAAAGCCGUCUAAUUCACAAGGUUCCAGUCAUGUAAAUAACACGGCCGACUCGUCAUCUAGUGUGACGAAUAUGACGAACUCAUCUUCACCGUUAGCAAACGCAAGAUCUUCUUUAGCCGGUAGACUCAGCCGAAGAAAACAAGGGGAUCCUGUAGCUGACAACACAGCCACGUCACCCAGAGAAUCUGCCAACAGUGCGAACAAACGGAAAGCGGAGAAGACGGAUCUGCCCAAGGACGGCGGAGAUAGAAAAAAAGCUGUCGUUGAUGAGGCAGAAAGAUCAGGUGUACCUAUAACUCGUCCUUCAAGAGCUCAUAACGAGGCGGGACGAGGAAACAAUGCUAAUGCUGGUAUUAAGACUGAAACCAAACCAUCGCCUGGUACACAUGUGGUUAUUAGUAACAUUACUGGAGAUGUCACUCAGCGAGAGAUACAACGUAUGGCCUCAGAGGUACCGAAUGGUUAUUUGACUGUACAAAUCGAUCGUGUUGGACAAAAAGCCAGCAUUGUCUUUAAAUCUCCCGAAGGUGCAAAAAUAUUCCGUCGUAAAUUUAAUAAGAGUGUACUUGGGGGUGUUAACAUAGAUAUCAAGAUUACUAGCAAUAAAUAUGACUAG